AUGCGGUUUUACCUUUACAACGGGCCGAUUCCCUCAUGGAAGCUUGUUAUAGACCAGGGAGCCGUCACUCAGACGGUGCUAGGCCAUGAGCAUCCUGGGUCUGGUACUGAAGAAAGCCCGUAUGUUGUCGCCUGGCUCGAUAACGACUUCCGCGACCCCAUGCUGCUCAGUAUGACUCGCAAGAUCGUGAUCACACUGAUCGUGUCCUUUGCAACACUGGUUGUUGCGCUCGCGUCGUCCGCAUACACUGGCUGCAUGAAGGAGCUUAUUGAGGACUUGGACGUUGACAGGGAGGUCGCGACUUUGGGUCUGUCGCUGUUCGUGCUUGGAUUUGCACUUGGCCCUGUAUUCUGGGCGCCUCUAAGUGAGGUAGUUGGACGACAGUAUCCGUUUAUUCUCUCCUUUGGCGCAAUGGCUGUUCUGCUCGCUGGCUGUGCUGCGUCCCCCAAUAUCGAGUGCUUGAUUGUCCUGCGGUUCUUCGCCGGCGCCUUUGGGUCGGCACCCUUGACCAACGCCGGUGGUGUCAUUGGUGAUAUGUUCCCAGCUCGGCAGCGUGCACUAGCCCUAAGUUUAUUUGCGGCCGGUCCAUUCAUGGGUCCUGCAUUGGGGCCGAUUAUCGGUGGUUUCCUAGGAAUGAAUGCGGGCUGGCGUUGGGUGGAAGGGUUCCUUGCAGCGCUGGCCGGCCUUUCGUGGCUCACUAUGGCCCUAUUUGUGCCAGAGACAUAUGCCCCCAUUCUUCUGCAAAUACUGCGCAAGUCGUUGUCGCGCCCGUGGGUUCUGUUAUUCCGAGAGCCUAUCGUGUUGCUGCUGUCUAUCUAUAUUGCGCUUAUAUACGGAGCCCUCUUUAUGACAUUUGGUGCAUUCCCUAUAGUCUACCAGGAGGGACGGGGGUGGAAUGAGGGCGUAGGGGGUCUUUCAUUCUUGGGCAUUAUGGUCGGCAUGAUCCUCGCAAGCAUCUACACUAUAUAUGAUAAUCAGCGGUAUCUGCAAGUCUUUGACAGACACAAUGGCUGCGCCCCUCCUGAGGCUCGCUUGCCGCCAGUUAUACUGGCAUCAAUUGCCAUUCCUGCUGGCCUUUUCUGGUUCGCAUGGACCAGCUCUCCUUCUGUUCAUUGGAUGGCUAGUAUUGCGGCCUGUGUUCCAUUUGGCUUCGGAGUCAUCCUGGUAUAUCUCGGUAUUUUGAGCUAUUUGAUAGACUCAUACACGAUCUUCGCGGCAUCAGUACUUGCUGCUAAUUCCGUUAUGCGGUCUGGCUUCGGUGCUAUCUUUCCAUUAUUCACGACAUAUAUGUACGACGGUCUUGGGAUUCACUGGGCUUCGUCAAUACCUGCGUUUCUCACACUAGCCUGCGUUCCUUUCCCUCUUGUUCUCUACAAGAAAGGCAAGAUUAUUCGAAAGCGGUGCAAAUAUGCCGCGCAGUCAGAGGCGUAUAUGCAGACCCUUCGGGAAUCAGCAAACCAGAAGACCACCAGUAAAGACUAA